CCCUUCUGGUCUCCAGCUGUGUAUUUUUUCUCAAUUUCGUUUUCUUCUGAUUCCCUAUUGGUGCCCUCUCUCUCUCUCUCUCUCUCUCUCUCUCUCUACCCUAGAAAGCUCCCCUCAUUCCUUCAUAAGCUCCCCUCAAGCGUCAGUCUUUUCAGCCAACCUUUGAGGGAGAGGGAGAGAGAGACUUCACUCCAAAUACACUAUUCGUUUUAUUUUCUUUCAUCAUAUAUAUUCUUCUUCUGUUCUUCAUCUUCUGUUCUUUGAUUUCUAAUCUCAAUCUUCUUCGUCCCCAAUAUAUCUGGAAAAAAAAACUUAGAUAAAUAAAAUACACGCACUAAAUAUAUAAAACCAAAAACCCAAGUUCCAGUCUUUAUUCAUUUUGUUUCUUAGUUGAUGAAAUUUGGGUAUCCCUAGUGAGAGAAAGUGAGGGGAGAGAGAGAGAGCAUGGCACCCAGUUUUGACUGUGCGGUUUCAAGCCUGCUAUGCGCAGAAGAAAACAUUUUUGAUAUUGACGAUUUUGGGUCUGAGGAGGCUCACAGAAAUCAUCGAAACAACAGUCGGAAGGGAGGGUUUUGUGAUGAUGGGGAAGAAGGGCUGCCAUUGCAGAGUCAGAGUGAUGAGUAUUUGGGUUCAAUGGUAGAAAAGGAAUUUCACCACUUGCCUGCUUCUGAUUACUUGAUGAGGUUGCAAAGUGGGGACUUGGACCUUGCUGCUAGACAACAGGCUGUUGAUUGGAUUGGAAAGGCAAAUGCACAUUUCAGUUUUGGACCUCUAUGUCAAUACCUAUCCAUAAACUACUUGGAUCGAUUCCUUUCUGCGUAUGAAUUACCUAAUGGCAAAGCUUGGACUAUGCAAUUGUUGGCUGUGGCAUGCUUGUCCCUUGCUGCAAAAAUGGAGGAGAUCGAUGUCCCAAUCUCUCAUGAUUUACAGGUGGUAGAGUCAAAAUUUGUGUUUGAGGCAAGAACAAUUCAAAGGAUGGAGCUUUUGGUGUUGAGCGCAUUAAGAUGGAGAAUGCAAGCAGUUACCCCCUUCACAUUCAUAGAUUCUUUCCUUCUCAUGAUCAAUGAUGAUCAAACCAAUCUCAAAACUUCAAUCUUGAGAUCAUCCCACCUGAUUGUGACCACUGCUAAGGGAAUUGACUCGUUGGAAUACAGGCCUUCAGAGGUGGCAGCAGCGGUAGCAAUUUCUGUGGCAGGAGAGGCCAAAACAUUAGACAAUGAGAAAGCAAUCUCUAUGCUCAUUCAACAUGUACACUUAGUAAAGGAGAGAGUGGCAAAGUGUGUAAAUUUGAUUCAUGAUAUGACAUUAAUGAGUGGGACCCCCAUGAAGGAAGCUAGUGGGUCAGCCCAGAGUGGGACCCAGAGUCCAAUAGGAGUGUUGGAUGCUGGAUGCUUCAGCUACAAAAGUGAGGAAACCACAGUUGGGUCAUGUGUAAAUUCCUUCCACAGUAGCUCAGAUUCUAAAAGAAGGAAGCUGAACAGACCCUGUGAGGUGGGGUUGUAGAGACCCAAAUGUGUCAUUUUGUUACAUAAGUAGGAUUUUGGUGUGUUUUCUGAAGUUAUUCAAAGAAAAAAAACAGGGUGGAAAAAUGAGGACAAAGAAUGGGAGAGGGAUGGGAGUGGGAUGAUAAGUUAGGUCAUGGACUCAAUAUGCAUCAUGCUUUUGGCAUGAGGAAAAGAGAAACCUCUCCAGCUGUUAAAUAUUAGACUUCUUAGCAGCCAGAGCCUCCCAAGCAGAGAAACUGAGAAUAGGGUAGCGACUUUCGCACUCUGUCCCGUGUUCGGUUUUGUGAGAUACAGUUUGUGUUAGGGUUUGGAGUUUUGUUUAUUUAUUGGUUACAAAAAAGAACAGAAAAUUGAGAAGUAAUAUAUGAUUGCAGGAAUUUUUAUAUA